AUGGAGGCUGUUACCAAAUUUAUAGAAUUCAUCAUCCCACAGAAAGACAGUCUCAUCUCGGCGGCCAUCCUAAAAGCCAAGGGGGAAAACGAACAGGAAAUAAAACAAGGUGAUGCAAUGAACCAAGGGAAAGGAGAGGACGCGAGAGGGACAGAAAAGAAUACGCCGGUGACAAGAUGUAUGCCGCUCCUCAUGGCCCUCAGAAAUAAGAAUAUCAGGAUUGCCAGGGGAAGGAACCCCGUCACAUCUGACGUCGACUCGGAGGAAUAG